AUGUCUGACGCAUGGACAGAGUUGGACAGCAUUAUUCGGCACCAAGGCGACUAUGCCGAAGUCGAACGCGAGAGAACCGAGCUUGUGCACUGGAAGACGAGGGCCGAGAGGGCGGAGCGAGAGGCGCGCGCAUGGCAGGAGAAGACGCGCAGGCUCGCCGAGGCCGUCAAGGAGGAGCGCGACCUACACGAAGUCUCGUACAACGAUCUGCUCAAGGACAAGAACUCGCUCGAAGAGAAGUGCUCGCUUCUCGAAUCCAAGAUGCUCAAGCUCAUCGACAUGGUGAAGUCGGGCAAGUUCUCCCAGAGCGGCAGCCAGAUACAAAUGUCGCCGCGAGCGAACGACAGCGCAGACUUGGUGGUAGAAAUGGAGAAGAGGCUGAAGGAAGCGAACCAGCAAGCGGAAAAGAGCAAUAUCGAACUGGCGCAGUCAAAAGAAAGAGUCUCGUUGAUCGAAGGCAAACUGCGGCAGUUGGCCGAGGUGCUGAGGGCGGAGCGAGAGGCCAGCCAGAAAUCUGCAGCGGAGAACCAAUCGAUAGAAAUUGACCUCCUCAAGAAGAAACUCGGCGAGGCCGCGCAGAGGGAGCAAACCCUAAAAGCGGAGCUAUCGCAAGCGCAGCAGUCGUCAUCACAAACGUCACCUCAAGCGGCCAACGCACAUGAGUCGGAGCGAAAGGUGAAGGAAUUGGAGGACAAGCUGCAGAAGAUCGCGGUGGGCGUGCGGAAGGAGCGCGAACUGAAGGCGGCCGAGGUGAGCGAUCUCAAGACCGCCAACGAGAAGCUCUCCAAGCGACUGGAGAUCUACCAGGAGCGCCUCACCGCCGUCGAGCAGGAGCUGCAGGCCAAGGCCGGCAGUAACGGCGGCGACGACGGGAAGAAAGAGCUCCGCAUGUGGCGCGAGAAGGCCGAGGAGGCCGAGGAGAGGGCCAAGCGGGCCGAGAUGGACGCGCAGGACAAGAUCAGCGACUACAGGAUCAAGGUGAAGCACCUUCUGGUCCAGCAGGAGGCCAAGUUUAAGGAGCAGAGCAGUGGCGGCGGCCAGCAGCACAGCGGCGCGGAAGAGGCCGAGCAGCGAUGUCGCGCCCUGGAGCAGCGCAACCGCGAGCUCGAGGCCGCGCUCGCUGCGCUGCAGACAAAUUCGAGCGCUGCGCCGAUCACCGCACCGCCGCCGAUGGGCAUGGGCGCGCCGCCUCCGCCGCCGCCGGCAGGAAUGGGCGCACCGCCUCCGCCACCGCCCACGGCACCGCCUCCGCCAUCUGGAGCUCGCAGUGGGCCGCCGGCCUCGCUAAUGGACGCCAUCAAGCAGGGAGCAUCCCUCAAGAAGGCGCCCGCGGGCGGAGCCCCCAAGCCCAAGCCAGCCGUGAGCGCACCGGCGGGACCCAAUUUGGCGCAGAUGGCCGCAGAGCUGGCAAACCAGCGACGACAGCGCAUGCUCAACAGCACCCAGACCGACAGGGGCUUCAGACGAUCGGUUCGGUUGGACAUCAUUCUGGAGGACGUCAACAACUCGUGA